AUGAGUUUCUUCCUAGCUUUCGUCUUCCUCUUCCCUCUCUCUUUGUUCAUCUUUAAAAAGCUUUCACCUUCGAAAAUGAAUCUUCCUCCGGGACCUACAGGUCUUCCAAUCAUAGGAAACUUUCACCAGCUUGAAAACUUUCUUCACAAAUCUUUUCACAAUCUCUCCUUAGAACACGGACCAGUGAUGCUUCUCCACUUUGGGGUCGUUCCUGUGGUCGUGUUCUCCUCUAGAGAAGCAGCUAAAGAAGUUCUCAGGACUCAUGAUCUAGAGACUUGUGGCCGACCUAAGUUGGUAACGACCAAGUUGUUUUCUUACAACUUCAAAGACAUUGUUUUCGCUCAGCAUGGUGAGGACUGGCGAGAGAUGAAAAAGCUUGUUGGUCUCGAGCUAUUUAGUCCCAAAAAGCAAAAGGUUUUUAAGUGUAUCAGAGAGGAAGAGAGUGACUUGCUGUUCAAGAAACUAACAAAAUCUGCUCAAACAGAAACCUUAGUGGAUUUGGGGAAAGUCCUAUUCUCCUUCACGGCUGGUAUCAUAUUUAGACUCGCCUUUGGGCACAACUUCCACGAGUGCAAUUUUAUCGAUAUGGAGAGAGUAGAAGAGAUGGUGAUAGAGUCGGAGACCAACGUAGGUACUUUGGCAAUCACUGACUUCUUCCCCACGUGUCUCGGAUGGCUUAUUGACCGGAUCUCCGGUCAGUAUUCGAGGAUGAACAAAGGCUUUUCAAAACUCAACAAUCUCUUUCAACAUGUGAUCGAUGAUCAUUUAAAGAUUGCAAAACCUGAAGAUCACUCAGACCUCGUCAGUGCCAUGUUAAUAAUAAUUAAUAAGCCCACCAAAUCGGGUUCUUUCAAGAUCACUUCCGAUCAUCUCAAAGGAGUCAUGUCAGAUGUGUUUUUGGCGGGAGUGAACGCAGGAGUAAUCACGAUGAUAUGGACAAUGACAGAGCUAACAAGACAUCCGAGAGUGAUGAAAAAACUCCAAGAAGCGAUUCGAGAAACACUCGGAUCCAACAAAGAGAGAAUCACAGAAGAAGAUGUAGAGAAAGUUGAAUACUUGAAGCUAGUGAUCAAGGAAACAUUCAGAUUACACCCACCUGCUCCUCUCUUGCUCCCAAGACUAACAAUGGCUGACAUCAAGAUUCAAGGCUACAACAUUCCCAAGAACACCAUGAUCCAAGUCAACACUUACUCCAUAGGACGUGAUCCCAAAUGUUGGACUAGCCCUGAUGAAUUCAUUCCCGAGAGGUUUUUGAAUACCUCAAUCAACUACAAAGGUCAGCAUUUUGAGCUCUUGCCCUUUGGAUCUGGUCGUAGGAGCUGUCCAGGGAUGGCCUUGGGAACCACCAUUGUCGAGCUCGGCCUUCUUAACCUUCUUUACUAUUUCAAUUGGAGUUUGCCUGAUGGAAUGGCCAUUGCAGACAUUGACAUGGACGAAAUCGGAGCUUUAAAUAUCGCCAAGAAAGUCCCUCUUGAGCUCGUACCAACUCGUCAUCACUUGUAA